AUGUGAAGUCAUGAAUGUAGUGUCUUAGAUAAAGUGAAUGGACUGAAGACGGUUAGUGAUAUUCCUGCAUUUAUUCCAAAAAUUGCUGGUUUCUUGAUACCUGAAGUUGUGCUAACCAAGGCUGUAAUUCUUAAUGCAUUUGGAAGACUGAACCAGUGAGACAUGGCAAAUUCAAUAGAGGAACUUCUGACUCCAGCAUUUAUUGUCGAUCUUCAGAAAGUUCAGAGAAAUGCAAAUGUUAUGAUUGAUCGUUUCAAGAAACUUGGUGUUCAACUUCGUCCUCACAUGAAAACGCACAAAACCAUAGAAUGUGGACAUAUAAUGACAGGAGGGACACGUCGAUGCAUUGUGGUAUCUACAUUAGCUGAAGCAUUCUUUUUUGCAAACCAUGGUUUUGAUGACAUUCUAUAUGCCUUUUCAUUGUCACUGGACAAAAUUGAUAAAUGUGCAGAGCUUUCAGAGCGCCUGGAAUUGUUUCAUGUGCUCUUUGACAAUAUGACUGUACUUGAAGCCCUCAAGAAGAAACCUUUGAAAAAAGGCAAAUUGUGGAGGGUGUGGCUCAAACUGGACUGCGAAAAUGGACGUGCUGGAAUUUUACAUACAGAGGCUGCAGCAGUGGACUUGGCCAAAGCUAUAUCCGAGAGCAGUGGUAUAGAACUUAGUGGAGUGUACGCACAUUGUGGGAACACAUACAAAUGUUCUGGGGCAGAGGAGAUCCAGGCUGUUGCCCAGAGAACUAUCAGUGCUGUUUUGAAUUUUGCAGAAAAGUUAAAAUCUGCUGGUAUCUCAUGCCCAAAAUUCACUACUGGGUCCACCCCCUCAUGUAGUCUUCCAGUUGAAGACAUGGGUUUGCUUAAUGAGGUUCACCCUGGCAAUUACAUCUUUUAUGAUUUGCAGCAGUAUUUAUUAGGCUCCUGUAAGAUGGAAGAUGUGGCAGUACGUGUGCUGACAAGAGUUGUUGGCCACUGUCCGCACCGUAACCAGCUGUUAGUUGAUUGUGGUUGGACUGCUCUCAGUCUUCACAGCCUUGGCCACCUGCAGACAGGAUUUGCAGUUAUUGAUGGGCAUCCAGAUUUGAAAUUGCUUGGAAUGACACAGGAACAUGGAAUAAUUGAACUAGUUUCGGGGCAACUUGAUUACGCAAAGUUUCCAUUGGGGUCCUUGUUGUCAGUCAUUCCAUACCAUUCCUGUGCCACUGCAGCCAUGCAUCCCACCUAUUUUGUCCAUUCAGAGGGUAAAAUCGUUGCCACAUGGAAACCAGUCCGUGGUUGGUAAAGGAAAUAAUAAUUAAAAUCACCUCAGAGUUGCCUUAGUGUCCUACAGCUACUGUUUUACCUUCCAGUUUUGGUUGACACUGCCAAAAACAGCCAGUUGUGUUGUACUUGGAAAUCAAGUAACAAAUGUCAUCAUACUUAUUGCUCAGUUAAAAUUUUAAACUGUAUGAGACAGCUUUUCAUUUUUAGUUGCAAUACACAAACUAAUGUAUAAAGUCUGUUUUUUUAAUUAUGUAUUGAUUAGAAAAUCAUCUGAUAGGCAAAUUAAUAUUAAUCUGUUAAUGCAAGUGAAAUGUAUACUUCACACAUUUCAUUCCAAUUUUGUAAAAAUAGUUAUUAACCAGUAUGAAGAUUGUAUUUGUUUUUCUUCUAUUUUCUCUAAAAGCAAGCAAGCAUCACCUGGGAAGUUACAAUACAAUCAUGUUUAAACUAUAAAAAGACAGAGUAACACAGGUUUUGUUUCAUGGACUGAAAGGAUCGAUAUCAACUGCAUUUUCACAGCUCAUAAUUUCUGAUGUUCUGCUGUGGUCUGCCUUAGGUUGUACCUCUGCUUUGUGGUUAUUAGAUUCUCCAAAUAUAAUUAAGCAGAAAUUGAAAAUCAAUAGGUCUACAAAUGAAAGACGGCUAUCACAAUUCAAAUGCUAAGGCUGCUGUUAUUAGUUAGCACUGUCGAUAAUUUUUUGGAAUAAAAACUGAAGGUAAGGUCAUAUCCUUGUUUUGCUACUAGUAAUAAAAUGAAACUCUGUGUCUUGUAAUCAGUCAUAUUUGAAUUUUAAUAAUAUUAAAUGACAAAAUGUGAAUUUUAUUUCUGAUGACAAAACCUCUAAAUUGCCUUUGUAGCAUAAUUUGUCUUCUGCUGUUUGACCUGAGUAUGGGGCCACUGAGAUGGCAGGUCCUACCCAUCAUAAGUAUUACCUGUUCUCAUGAGGAGAACAUCAACUGUAGGUAUUAUGAUGUAGUGCUAAUAACUUGGAGACCAUUCUUGUUUUCCUUACAUGAAAACCUUUGCUUCAGAAAACAAACCCAGGGCCCCAUUCACUCGUGAAGGUGAGUGGCACCCGUGAAACACUGUGAUUUUCAGGGUUUUACACCAAAGAGGUAGGUCUUCAGUAAAGCACAAAUUUUUAAUUGGAUUUUCCUCCUUCUUCUACUUUUAAUAGCCACAUCUUGGUGUUCAUUCACACUUUUGCACUGAGCUAUUGGCUACAUUGUACCCACUAUGUUUUACUUUUUAUUGAUGCUAAAAUUUACUUUAUUGUAAAUAGGUUUAUCUGUACUGACAUAUGGCUCGUAUUGGCCAUAUUGUGCCUACUAUUUUAGUUUCCAGUCUUGAUAACCUUUGUCUUUUCUGUUUUAAACCUAUUUAAAAUAUCUUGGCACAGAAAAUCAAAUACAAGUUAUACUGAAGCUUAAA